CGGUCUUUGGGGAUCGCAGGAUGGAGCUCCGAGAAGUGGCGUCGGCUCUCUCUUCUUCCACGGCAUUUCAGCCGAGGAGAGGGAGCUCAAGGGGCGACUCCAGGCGAACAGCCGGGAGCGGCGAAUUGGGGAGGGCGUUAUCUGCUGCCAUCGUCGUAACAGGCUAACAGCUCAUCUGUCGCUGGGCGCGCGGAGACAGGAGCAAGGUGAGACGAAAGGCGAAGACGAAGAGGAUCAGGCACACGGUUUUCCAGUCCGUGUCUACGAUGGCGGCGAUGGUGGUCAUGCUGCUGCUGGGGCUUCUCCAGCUUGCCGUUUCUGGACUUGCUCAAAGUCCGCCACCUGGUACGCUAGAGACCGACAAUGUCGAAUCUGCUGGCACUGGCUGUCCGCCUGGAAGUCUCGAGCUCGAUAUCUCCCCUGACAGAAUUCCCAGUUAUGGUUUCAAGACGUUCACGGUGUUCACCCCAGGAGGUCCAGCUGACCGGCUGAAAAACUGCCAAGUGUCCGUCGACCUGAGAUAUCCUAAUGGGUCCACGUUUGCUCUAGGGACUGCGACAUUCCGAGUGUCCGCCCAGUUGGAGGAAGGCGUCACGGGUUCACUGGCAGCCUCGUACUACUUCUCGAGUACACGAGGGACAGCCAGAUCCUCGCGCAGCUUGCCUCCUCCCGUCGAAGGCGACAUUCUUCGCAACCUUUGUCUAUGCACCGUGUGGCAGUCGGUCGGUGACGCUCUCUAUCAAUUUCGAGGCAACAGUACUGCCUCCAUCCUGGCCGAAUGAGAACAACAAGGGCUCGAUCACCGUCACCAGUGCGGGUUAUACUCUGCUUUGGGAGAAUUGCUAAGGGCAUACUCGUAUAAAAGCGUUUCUGGAGCAUCUGGCGGCAAAUGCAGCGAGAUCAGAAAGUCGUAAUGUGAGCAUGGCCUAAGCUGAUUUAACCAGGCGUCAACAACAGGGGGGGGGGGUCGUUCGACAUCAGCCAGCUACUUGGAGAGAAGCAGAAUGAGCGACCGGGAGGGGCUCAGCUUGGAGAUUAGUGGAUUAAUCUAUCCGUCCGCAGCUGCAUGGUAUUGUCCGGCGCGCGUCACUGAGCGUGGUCAGCUAACAACUGGCGACAUCACCGACGCAGGCGAUCGGACGUGUGUGUGUACAACAUCACUUUGCUGAUGGAGCUCAAUAGGAAGCCUACCCAGUUUCCACGUCAUGUAAUUUCUAAACCUGGAAAAGAAUACGCUGGCAUCUACGACUUCCGGUGCUGGGGAAGACCCCAAGCCGAGCGCAAGAACUGUUGCGUAAAGAUGAAGUAGACGGCCGUAGCGAACAACAAGGUAAACUACUUAGUACUUAGUGCUCUCUCUCUCUCUCUCUCUCUCUCUCUCUCUCUCUCUCUCUCUCUCUCUCUCUCUCUCUCUGUGCGUGUGUGUGUUCGCUUUUGUUCGCUUGCUGGCUUGCUCUUUCGCUGCUCCAUGUGUUCGUGUGUGACGCACAUCUUCAGAGUGCGAGUCGACACCCACAGGAGUAUCUCGACCGUGGAGGCACGAAGUGCGAUAUUAGCGUGAAAACGAUCUUUUCUCGUACAGAAGAAUCGUCUUUUCCAAUGAAUUCCUGUAUGUGCUAGCCUUCUUGAAAUAGGUGCAUUGUUCUCCUGUAUCGACAUGUUUGCGUGUCCCCCCACGAACUGUCAUGAUUGGAGUGCGUCUGUGUGUAGCGCCAGUUGUUGGUUCCCUUGGAGUGUAUGCUUUGCUCUUCCCACCAAUUGAUAUGCGCCUUUCUUUCUUCUGUUUGCGCUCGCUGGUUCUCGAUCUCAUGGGGUUGCUGUUUCUCAACGCUUUUUUAACGGACAGACACUUAGUCUUUGUACCCGCUUGUGCUCGAGCGCCCGGCACGAAGAGUAAAUGGAAUUCACCGCC